AUGAACCUCGGUGCCAUGCCAUCGAAGGCAGUCGUGCACUUCCAACCAUGCCUUGAAGUGAGUGAGUCACCGAACUGGUUUUCGUUUCGAAGCAACGACCCGGCCGUGCAGUUGGAGGACGCUGUCGCAGCGCAGAGAGCCAUCACAUCGCACUAUGCUGCAGCGCUUGUCCUGUCCCGGAUCAUGGACCAGGUCAUCAACAGACGGUAUUGGGGACGCUGUCCAGCCACUUUCAUAUUAGUGUUUCAUGAGGUCGACAUGACAUGGUUUCGAGGAGACCAAUACUUUGAGGAGAGGCACCGCCAUCCGGAGUUCAUGCCUUUCUGGGAUUCACAAGGCAUGCAGUUGAUCCUGAAGGAGUGGCGAUGGAUUUUUCGACGCCCCGGUAAGGAUUCUCCUCGGCGCAUCCAGGUUAUCCUCCCGAAUAUUGCUUGGGCGACAACUUCCAGCACCUUCAGUGAGCAAGAAGCUGGCAAUAUGUGCGUUCACGAUGUCAACCAGGCUUGGGUACCAGCCGAUGAUCCGGCAGAUGGAACGGACCAGCCUUCAAAUCGGUUUGAAAACGGAAUUCUGAUUCGCAUACCAGGGUUCCCGCGUCCCGUCAGCUUCCCUGGAAAUUCGCUUUAUGCAAGGUGGCUGGGGAUGUCGGCUACCGAUACUUCAAAGAUCUUCUGCUUCACCGUUCGUGGGUUAGCGGUAGGGACGGAAAACCCAGGCGGAAUAGCUGUUCUGGAGCGGGUUUACCAGCCGGCCUUGGAUUCUAUUGAGUAUUCGGACGACCCAGGUAUUCACACAACAAACGCCGAAAGGGCGCGUCGGCACCACGCGGUAUCACUGAGAAAAUCAGUGAGAAACUUUUGA